GGCGGCCGCAAUGUGUUGAGUUGUUGAUCUUUAUAUCAAUUUGGCGCUUAUUUUACAGUAAAAAUUAACUCCUGAUAGUUUAAAAGAUUUCAAGUGUAGAAAUAAAGGAAGUAACGUUUAUAUGAUAAUCUAGUUUUAGAAUUAAAGUGGGAAAAUGUUUCUAUCAAAGACUCCACUGGUUUUAAACAAUAUUAUCUCUGGAUCAAUUCGUGAAAUUGGAUUGAGCAAAUUAUUAACAUGCAGAUUUAUGUCAGAUAAUGCACUUUCCACAGAACAGGCCGAUCCAGACAAAUUGUACAAAAAGAUAGAAUUGGAACUUAGGGGGCAUGAUACGGCAGUUUUGAAAAGUUACAGCGAAUUCGCAGACAUGACAGCGAAUCACUUGGGAAUUACCACCACCCGAAAUGAAGCGUCCAGGAAACCUAUCUUCGAUAGAUUAACUUUACUUAAAUCAAAACACAAUCACAAAAAACAUCGAGUUCAGUAUGAAAUGAGAACUUAUUUUAGAUUCAUUGACUUUGCAAAACUCACUGGUUCCACUGCUGAUACUCUUCUUGAAUAUCUGCAGAGGAAUUUGCCUGAAGGUGUCGCAAUGAAAGUGACGAAGACUGAAAUAAGAAGAUUACCAACAACAGUGAGUCAACCACCGAUUCAAGAAGCUCCUGCAGAAGCGUAAUGGAAUAAUUAUGGUAGAUAUUGCACUUUUAUGUAUAGAUGGUAAAUAAAUUUCGAUUUUUUCAUUGGAA